UCAUCGAGCAUGAUUAUUUCUAGAACCAAACAUCGUUAUCUAAUGAUUCCAUGUCGAUGUGUCGUUUGGUGAGAAAUUGAUUUGUUUCUCUUCAAGGCGUGUAGUUUUCCUGAUACUUUCUUCCUGUGUUAUAUGGGAAGACUGUUCAAGACCUACUUGUCCGGUUCCACCAUUUACUGUUGUAGCACUUGCAAGUGUCAUCUUGCAGUACAUGAGGACAUCAUGUCCAAGCAAUUUCAAGGCCGUCAUGGAAGAGCUUAUUUGUUCAAUAAUGUUGUCAAUAUUAGCUUGGGUCCCAAGGAAGAACGAGUCCUGAUCACCGGUCUUCAUACUGUGGCAGAUAUUUACUGCAAUGUUUGCCAUACGGUCAUUGGUUGGAAAUACCUGGAAGCCUACGAGGAGUCACAACGGUACAAAGAGAAUAAAUACAUAGUAGAGCGCAAAAAGAUGGUGAAAGAGUCUGAAAUACUUUAGUGAACAGUUUUUUCUAUCUCCCAUUUCGUCUUUUGUGUGUUCAUUGUAUAUAGGAACUAGACAAGUCCUUUGUCGUCUUCUAUAUGUGCUGUCUUCACUCUGUAUACAUUAUUCCUUUUUUAUUUUACUCUGUUUUUCCAAAAUAAAAAUUAUCUCGUUGUC